AUAUAUAUAUAUAUAUUAUUUAGGUGGUAUACUCUUGCAAAAUACAAUGAGAUCCGUCUUGCAAAUUACACCAACAUGGAAAGAGAUCCAGCCGAUCCAAUCGUGUUCUGAUGUUGAUGAUGAUGCAUUAGCAAUUGCUAAAUUAGCAAUGGCACAAAAAAUAAAACAAGCAAAGGAAGUCACUCUUAAAGAUCUCAGAGACAAUCAACAUUUAUUAUCAGAGGGUGUUUCGUAUUGUUUUACGGGAAUUAUCGACAAAGUUGAAAAUAAAGCAACAAUAUGGUAUGAUUCUUGUAAAAAUUGCAACACAUCUUUCUCCAAAAUUGAUGAGAGUGCAAUAUGCAAAAAAUGCAAUGAAGAAGUUCUUGAGACGUCGCCCAGAUACAGAAUCACAAUAAAUGUUAUACAAGGCGACUGCAAUGCACGUAUUACAUUAUUCGGUCAAGUGGCAGAGGUAUAUGUAGGAUGCUCUGUGGAUGAAUAUCUUUCUUCAAUCAAAGAGGGUGAAACAGAAUCCACAUACUAUAGACGACUAAGCACACAAGUGUACACAGAAAUGCGCUUCAUGACGAUGCUCAAGUCUAUAAAAUUUGAUCAACGAGGAAAUCUCAAUAUCGUAGCAAAUGCAAUCGAAAAAAUGGAACAAAUGGAAAGCAUCGAUGUUGGAGAUAUUGAAGAAGAGCCGACUGAAGUGGAGGAAAAGAAACAUUCACCCGAGAAAUCAAAAAAGAAAAUUCCGUCUAGAAAGAAAAAAACUACGAUGGAGUUGCAGGCCACAGAAUCGCAAAAGAAAAAAAGAAGGAUAACCAAGAAAAAGUUUGAUGACUACAUUGACAUUACAAGUGACGACGAUCUGCCGCUGAACAGCAUUUUGCAAACCAAAAAUAACAAGAAGAGAUCCCCAAUCGUCAAAAUCAAACAAGAAAAGAUUUAAAAUUCGUCUUACUCCUUACUUAGAUAAUUUAGGAUGUUUUUCAUAGAUUUUUUUGCAUUUUUAUUUAGAAAUAUGAAUAUUACUUUAUUACUUUUAAAUUUAAUCAUUAAUAGUUGCAUUGGUUCCUUUUUUUAUUUACAUAGUAAAAUUCAAACGUGUUCAACGUGCAUCGCACGUUCUUCCUGCUAGUAC